AUGUCCUUUCUUCGUUGCGGCGCCCCCGCUGUUGCUCUUCAGCGGCGGCUUUACCUGAAGCGCACCUCCUGGUUGCCUUCCUCCCUUCUUUCCGUUCGCCAACCCGAUUCCUCCGCGAGCCCCACGACCGAUGCCGAGGGCGGUGGGCUGCUCUCGAGUGAGGCCUUCGCCCGGCUCGCCCCGAUUCUGCUCCUGCAAAAAGCCCUCCGUCAGCACACGUUACUCGCGGAGACCCCUCUUAAGGAGGGCGCCCCCCCUUCCCCCUUCCUCCUCACACGCGCGCAGUUCGAUCGCCUUUGCCGGCUUUCCCACGUGGCGGAUUCCGAGGCCGCCCUGCAGGCCCUUCACGACGCCGCCCUCGUCGUUUCCUUGGACGCGGGCCGUCUGGUGCAUCUCCGCCCCGUCCGCUACGUCGAGGCGGUCGAGCUCGCGGAGACGCUGCUCGAGGAGAGCGAAAUGCCCCACGAGAAGGACCCCGCGCUUCCUGUGUGUUUUCUUCUGACGGAAACGGAACGUCGGGUGGCGGGGUUGAUCGAAAAAGAGGCGGCGAUGCGUCGUCAACUCGAGCCCGCCAUCGCCCGGGCGGCGCGGUGGCGACGGCUGAUUUGGAGCGCCGCGUUGCUCUUCGCGGGAGGGCAGCUCGCGGCGGUGGCGAGGCUGACGUACGUGGAGUUUGACUGGGAUGUGAUGGAGCCCGUUUCGUAUUGCCUGUCGAUCGGAACCGCGCUGAUUUUUCUUCUUUAUUUUGUCUGGUAUGGCGAGCUGCACAGCUACGCGGGGUUUGAUCGGCGGCACCUCCCGAAGAAGGUUCGACAGUACGCCCGUAAAGACUUUGAUUGGGAGGGGUAUGAAAAGGUCUGCGCGCAGCUGGUGGAUGAGCGGAAGGUGCUUGAACAACUCCGCGAGUGGGCUAGAACGCAUUGA